AUGACUGCCUCCAGGCAGAGGACAAUCCUGCAAGCACGAUCUUACUGUGAUGUCGUCCCGUCUCAGCCCACCAGACGCACCAUCACCCCUCGUUUGCCAUUCCAAGGCACGUCGGCAUUCUAGAUAAUUCUGUCGACCAUGAAAGACAAGACGAAGGAAUGAGGUGCCAUCCACGUGCGGUUUGUGAUCGUGAUGUGAUGAUGCCUGUUGACCGUUCAGAGACUGGAGGUGGUGCGGUGGUGGGGAUCGACGCCCAUGGCCGACUGAUAAAAAUCGGAGGGCGGACACCCUACGUCAAUUGUGGUCCUAUGAUCUCAGCGUGCAUCAUUCAGAGUGGAGGUAAGGAUUGGCUCCCUUUUUGGCCCGAGAGUAGGGCCGUCGGUACAAAUCCUUUCGCAAAGGCAUUGCAAUGUUCAACAAAUCUGGAUGAAGGGAAGAUGGCAUUGUGCAUGGGUUUGGUGUUUGCCCGCUUCUUUCUUAACCCUUUUUUCCCUCUGGUCUCGCCUUCCCCACAUAGGCCGGGCCAAUCAGCGGUCCUCACUUAUGUGGGAUGUUUGACCUGGAUAUUUUGAGGCUUUUUCUCCCGGCAAAUUCUAGUCUCGAGACGUGGGAUCGCGUUCGGCUCCGACUUGGGAGAAGUAGACUUUCCUUUGGAUGGUGAAAGCGGGAAAAAAAAAAGGGGAGAAUCCUUUCCCUUCACUGUGAUAGGGAUCGCUGUACACCACGC